UUUUUUUUUUUUUUUUUAGGCAAUAACAAUAUUACAUUUGAAGACGACAAUGAUUGUUAUUGUAUUGAUGUAUUAGAUAAAGCGGAAUAUAAUGGAUUAUGCAAAAGUAUUAUAUAUUUAUAUAAUAUCAUAAAUAUAUAUUGAUUUUAUUUAUUUUUUUUUUAGCUGAUAAUGAUGAAAUGAUUGAAAUAGCCCCAAAUAUUUUAGUCGAGAAUAAACAAGCUGAAUGUUCAAAACAAAGUACAUAUACAUAUAUAAUAUGAAUAGAUCUUUUUUUUUUUUUUAUAAAACUUAUAAAUUAUUUAGGUAAACGUGUACAUAACGAAAAUUCAAAUGGAGUCGCUAAAAAGAAACGUAUGGAAACGAUUACAUCAUCGACAUUUGUUGAAACAAAGUCAGCGUUUGACGGAUUGUGCAAAGAAUAUUUUAAAAAAAACCCUGAUUGUAUUAAAAAAGUUAGAGAUUUUUUAGACAAUUCAAAGCCAGAGAUAUAUGCUAUACUAAUCAAUUCAAUUAAAAACUCUCCUGUAAAGUAUAAUAUUAAAUUAGAGGCCACAUAUAUUAUACCUAAUACAGAUACGAAAGAAAAUAGAGCAUUUAAAACAAGAUCAAGAUCAUUAUUUCAAUCAGACGAUGUCAACAAUGUUUUAGAAUCAGAUUUUAUUGAGAUCUUACAAGAACAAGAAGAUAUGGAACUUAAGGGCAGUGGCUUUUCAUUAGAGAGUAUAGACGGUAUUAUAUUAAACGUAAAUGUAUAUAAACCAUUAGGAGGUUCGUCUUAUAUACCACUUCCGGCAUUUAUAGAGAGGAAAAAGGCAACAAUUAACGUUUUAAACUUUGACGAAAAAUGCUUUAAAUAUAGCAUUUUAGCCAAACUAGUAAAUCCUGUUCAUGCUGAAAGAAUAGGAUCUAAUUAUGUUGAAGUAGAGAACAGGUAUAAUUUUAAAAAUGUAAAUUUCCCGGCUUCAUUAAACGAUGUUGUAAAAUUUGAAAAAACAAAUAAAGUUUCAGUUAAUAUAUAUAGUUUAAAAAACGGAGAGCUCAAAUAUAAAAAUAACGUAAAAAAAAAAAAUUCAAAAAGAAUAAAUUAUACCACAACAAAACCUGAACAAACUAUAGUUUAUCCAGUAAAAGUAUGCGAGGAAGAACUUGAUGAUCAUCAUGAUUUAUUAUUAUUUGGCGAUGGGACGGGAAAACAGCAUUAUUGUCGUAUAACAAAUUUAGCAAAGUUAAUCGGAGCGCAACUAACAAAAAACGGACACGCUAUGUCAUUAUGUAAACGGUGUUUUAAGACCUACUUUGGUGUUAACCGUUGCGGGGUUACCGCAGAACAACGCCUUAAUAACCACAAAUUAAAUUGUAAUAAAAAUAAGCCACUAAUACCAUUAUUACCACGUCCUAAUACGUACAUGAAGUUUGAAAAUUGGGAACGUACACGCAAACAUCCAUUUUCAAUUUAUGCAGACUUUGAAUCAAUAUUAGAAAAAAAUAGUAAUAAUGAUUCAAAUAAUACAAACAUUAUUCACCAUCAUGAUGUCAUGAGUUAUUGCUAUUAUGUCAAGCCGAGUGAUGAUAUACCAAAAGAAUUGUUAGACAAAUAUGAUAUAGAGAUGGGACCAGUUGUGUUCAGAGGAGAUUCGAGUUUUAACAGAGGUGAUGUUGCAAAGAAAUUUAUGGAAGAAAUUGUUAAAGUUGCCCUUAAAAUAGAAAAAAUAUUUAACGUCAAUGUGCCGAUUGUAAUGACUGAUGAAAAUAAAAAAAAUCAUCAAAAUGUCGUCGCUCAAGGAUCAUGUCCAUUAUGUAAAUCGAAAUUUAUCAAAACUCAAAAUAAUGCUGUUAAAGAUCAUGAUCAUUUGACUGGAAAGUACAGAGGGACUGUAUGCAGUAAAUGUAAUUUAUUAAUGGAAAAGCCUAGUUUCGUUCCAUUUUUUUUUCAUAACCUUUCCGGUUAUGAUUCACAUUUUAUUGUCACGCAGCUAGGUUUUAAUACAAAAUCGAUUACCAUAACUGAGGUACAGUUAGAACUUUUGUCGGAUUAUGAUCAAUUAUUAAUGACUGAAGCCGCAAUUCGAGGGGGUCUCACACAAGCAAGUAUGCGAUAUGCUCAGGCGAACAACAACAAGGUUCCCGAUUAUGACUCCACAAAGCCAGAUUCGUGGAUUGCAUACCUGGACGCAACAAAUCUCUACGGUUGGGCUAUGAGUAAAUAUAUGCCAAAGGACGGAUUUUCAUGGUAUGAGGGCAAUCUAGAUGUUGAAAAUAUUUUAAAAUUGUUGGAAAGUUCAAACGAAAAAUCAAACAUUGGAUUCUCGUUAGAAGUUGACAUAUUAUAUCCUCAAUCGUUGCAUGACGAGCAUAACGAGUUACCGGAAGACUAUGGAAAAUGUAAGAAAUAG